AUGACUUCACAGCAAAAACUGAGAAUUGAACGAGACACGUUUGGUGACAUUGAGGUUCCUGCGGACCGUUACUGGGGUGCGCAAACUCAAAGGUCUCUCAAAAAUUUUGACAUUGGAGGCCCAACCGAACGCAUGCCUGAACCUUUGAUAAAGGCAUUCGGUAUAAUAAAGCAAGCUGCUGCUACUGUGAAUAUGACCUAUGGUCUUGACCCAAAAAUAGGUAACACUAUCAUCCAGGCUGCAGAGGAGGUGAGCAAGGGAAAACUUUUAGAUCAUUUUCCUUUGGUAGUGUGGCAGACAGGUUCUGGAACACAAACCAACAUGAACGCAAAUGAGGUCAUUGCAAAUAGAGCCAUCGAAAUAUUAGGUGGUCAACUUGGAAGCAAAAAUCCGGUUCACCCCAAUGAUCACGUGAAUAUGAGUCAGUCCUCAAAUGACACUUUUCCUACAGCCAUGCAUGUGUCCGCAGCUAUCGAAAUUAACGAGCGACUUAUUCCCGGAUUGACCCUGUUGCGUGACGCGAUUGCGGAAAAAUCAAAAGAAUUUGAAAAAAUAAUUAAAAUAGGAAGAACUCAUUUGCAAGAUGCUACACCGCUUACUCUUGGCAAUGAAUUCUCUGGAUACGCACAACAAUUGACAUUUGGUAUUGAGCGUGUUAAAACAACUUUACCAAGAAUAUAUUACUUAGCACAAGGUGGUACGGCCGUUGGAACCGGAUUGAAUACCCGUAAAGGAUUUGACGUAAAUAUUUCUAAUGAAAUUGCGAAGAUAACCGGAUUACCAUUCCAGACAGCGCCUAACAAGUUCGAGGCGUUGGCAGCUCAUGAUGCUAUAGUGGAAGUCAGUGGAGCUCUCAAUACUGUAGCCGUCUCUUUUAUGAAAAUAGCAAAUGACAUACGUCUUCUUGGUUCUGGACCUCGUUGUGGAUUCGGUGAACUUUCACUUCCCGAAAACGAACCUGGAUCUUCAAUUAUGCCCGGUAAGGUUAACCCAACCCAAAGUGAAGCUAUGACAAUGGUUGCUGCACAAGUAAUGGGUAAUCAUACUGCCAUAUCUAUAUCUGGUUCCAAUGGACAUUUCGAAUUAAACGUAUUUAAACCUGUUAUGAUUAAAAAUCUACUUCAUUCGAUCCGUAUUUUGGGCGAUGCAAGUGUGUCCUUUACAAAGAAUUGUGUUGUCGGGAUCAAGGCUAAUGAAGAAAAGAUUAAUACGAUUAUGCAACAAAGCCUUAUGCUUGUUACUGCUUUGAAUCCACAUAUUGGAUAUGAUAACGCAGCUGCUGUAGCGAAGAAAGCACAUAAAGAAAAUUCGACGUUGAAAGAGUCCGCGAUCAAAUUAGGACUUCUCACUUCCGAGCAGUUUGUUGAAUAUGUUAAGCCAGAACAAAUGCUCG